CUGCGGCUGAGAGCGGGCAGGAGUGACGAGAGCCGCCCGGUGACGGCGCCGCCUCCGCAGCCCGCUCCAUGGUCGGCACUCACGGCCCGCGGCGGCCUGUCUCGCGCGCCACCUUUCGCACGUCCUCCUCCUCCGCCGCCUCAGGGGCUGCCGGCCGCUCUGUGUGGAGGCCCCGGUGCUGAGGGCCGCGGCGCAACGGGCCGGAGUCGAGCAGGAGGCCGGGGAGGCCAGGGGCGCCGGGCCCGUGGGCCGCCUCGGCGCGGCCGCCGGGUCCCGCCGCGGGAGAAUGCGCCCCGGGAGCCGCCGGGGGACGGGGGCCCGGCCCGGCUUCUGAACGGCCGCGGGGGGGACGCCGCCGUCUGGCCGCCCGCGGGCGGGGAAGGAAGAUGUCCACGAGGACGCCCCUGCCCACCGUGAACGAGCGCGACACGGAGAACCACACGUCACAUGGAGAGGGGAGGCAAGAAGUCACUUCUCGCUCUGGGCGCUCUGGGGCUCGGUGUAGAAACUCCAUAGCUUCUUGCGCAGAGGAGCAGCCUCACAUCGGAAACUACAGACUGUUGAAGACAAUCGGCAAAGGGAACUUUGCAAAAGUUAAACUGGCAAGACAUAUCCUGACUGGCCGAGAGGUGGCCAUAAAGAUAAUUGAUAAAACUCAGUUGAAUCCAACAAGCCUACAAAAGCUCUUCAGAGAAGUAAGAAUCAUGAAGGUUCUAAACCAUCCAAACAUAGUGAAGUUAUUUGAAGUCAUUGAAACUGACAAAACACUCUACCUAAUCAUGGAAUAUGCCAGUGGAGGUGAAGUGUUUGACUAUUUGGUUGCACAUGGAAGAAUGAAGGAAAAGGAAGCAAGAACUAAAUUUAGACAGAUAGUGUCUGCAGUCCAGUAUUGUCACCAAAAGAGGAUUGUCCACAGAGAUCUCAAGGCUGAAAAUCUAUUGUUAGAUGCAGAUAUGAACAUUAAAAUAGCUGACUUUGGAUUUAGUAACGAGUUUACUGUUGGCAGUAAACUGGAUACGUUUUGUGGGAGCCCUCCUUAUGCAGCUCCAGAACUUUUCCAAGGCAAGAAAUACGAUGGGCCAGAAGUGGAUGUAUGGAGCCUUGGUGUCAUUCUUUAUACCCUUGUCAGUGGGUCUCUCCCCUUCGAUGGUCAAAACCUAAAGGAACUGAGAGAGAGAGUAUUAAGAGGGAAAUAUAGGAUCCCUUUCUACAUGUCCACAGACUGUGAGAAUCUUCUCAAACGUUUCCUGGUGCUAAAUCCAAUAAAGCGCGGCACACUUGAGCAAAUCAUGAAGGACAGGUGGAUCAAUGCAGGACAUGAGGAAGAUGAGCUGAAACCAUUUGUGGAACCAGCCCUGGAUAUCACCGACCAAAAGAGAAUAGAUAUUAUGGUGGGAAUGGGAUAUUCACAAGAAGAAAUUCAAGAAUCUCUUAGUAAACUUAAAUAUGAUGAAAUCACAGCCACAUAUUUAUUGUUGGGAAGAAAAUCUUCAGAGCUGGAUGCUAGUGAUUCCAGUUCUAGCAGCAAUCUUUCACUUGCUAAGGUUAGGCCAAGCAGUGACCUCAACAACAGUACUGGCCAGUCUCCUCACCACAAAGUUCAGAGAAGUAUCUCUUCCAGCCAGAAGCAGAGGCGUUACAGUGACCACGCUGGACCAGCCAUUCCUUCAGUUGUGGCAUAUCCAAAAAGGAGUCAGACCAGCACUGUUGAUGGUGACCUCAAAGAAGAUGGAAUUCCCUCCCGAAAAUCAUCCAGCAGUACUGCUGCAGGAAAGGGAAUUGCUCCAGCUAGCCCCAUGCUUGGGAAUGCGAGUAAUCCUAACAAGGCAGAUAUUCCUGAACGAAAGAAAAGCUCUACUGUCCCUAGUAGCAACACUGCAUCUGGUGGGAUGACCCGACGGAAUACUUAUGUGUGCAGUGAGAGGACUGCAGCUGACAGGCACUCGGUGAUUCAGAAUGGCAAAGAAAACAGCCUGACAGAAAUGUUCGCUUACGCAGCUAGCCCUGCCUCAAUUUGUACCACAUCUUCUACCUGUCGGCUGAGACAUCAGAAGUCGAUGUCCAUGUCAGCCUCUGGCCACCCCAAGAUGACAGUAGACAGUGAAGGAGAUAACCUCAAGGCUAUCACUAUUCCUGAUCAGAGGACUCCGGUUGCUUCAACUCACAGUAUUAGCAGUGCAGCCACCCCGGAUCGAAUCCGCUUCCCAAGAGGCUCUGCCAGCCGAAGCACUUUUCACGGGCAGCCCCGGGAACGGCGAACUGCAACUUACAAUGGCCCCCCUGCCUCGCCGAGCCUGUCUCAUGAAGCCACACCACUGUCACAGUCUCGAAGCCGAGGCUCCACUAAUCUUUUCAGUAAAUUGACUUCAAAACUCACACGGAGAAACAUGUCAUUCAGGUUUAUCAAAAGGAUUAUCACUGGAGCUCAGUGCCUGCACUACGAAUCCACUGCUCCUGGUGGAUACACACACACGCACAUACACGCACACACACGCACACACACACUAUUGGGUAGGACAGAGGGGGAUUGAGAAGGGAGGAGGAGAUAGGGAGAAAGAAAGACAGACACCUGCAGAUCUACUUCACCUCCUGUGAAGCAAACCCCCUGCAGGUGGGGAGGUGGGGACUUGAACUAGGGGAUCCUUCCAUGGGUCCUUGUGUUUCGUACUAUGUGCGCUUAACCCUGUGAACCCCUACCCAGCCCCCCUAAUUUCUGAUACUGGGAAAAAGUAUAAAAUUCAAACCCCUCUGAUUAUUUUUCUCCCCCUGGAAGUUUAGAUAUAGACUACUGUGUAAUGGAAAUAAUAUUUUUUGGAAAGUUGGUGUAAAGAGAGUACUCUUAUUUUAAAGUCACUUUCUACCAACCACUGAAGAAAAUUUUACUUCUUUUUACUUAAGGCACAGUAGUAAAUAUAAUUCUUACUAGAUGACUUGUUUUAAUGGCGGCAAAGCAGGAGACAAAACUGUCUUUAAAUACAAAGGUCCCAGGCAGAACACCUGUCUUUGAAGGCUCGUGUGACAGCUCCUCAGCUGGGACGGCCAGUCUACUGUGUGUAAUGCUGAGACCAACAGAUCACUGAAGGAUUUUCUCACACGCAUUUGUCAAAUCCCAGUGUGUGUAUUGGGGGGGGGGGGUGUCACUCCAUGAUUACUUUUUUUUUUGCCACCAGGGUUAUUACUGGGGCUUGGUGCCUGCACUACAAAUCCAUUGCUCGUGAAGGCAUUGUCUUCCAUUUUUGUUACUAUUGUUAUUAUUGCUGUUGUUGGAUAGGACAGAGAAGUCGAGAGAGGUGGGGGAAAGAGACACCUACAGACCUGCUUCACUGCUUGUGAAGCGACACACACACCCCCAGGUGGGAAGCCGGAAGCUCGAACCUGGAUCCUUACGCCAGCCUCUGUGCUUGGUGCCAUGUGCGCUUAACCUGCGGUGCUACCUCCCGGCCCCCCAUAAUUACCUUUUAUUGGUCCUCCCAGUUGCACAUUUUUCACUUUCACAUAAUGUACAAUUAUAAUGUACAAUUCAACUGACUACCCGAUUCCUUUUCCUUGGAAGUCCAUAGUACUUUGGGAACUAGUUAGAAGUCCGAAUAGCUGAAGACCAGGCCACUGGGCCUGGGGGCUGUGGGGGCAGCCGAUAGUCAGAAUUUGAAAAAGCUCAGCUGGUGCCAAAAAGCACUUUGGAUUGUUCUGUGAUGCAUGUGUUUAUACGUGGGUGUGGGCAGUGUAUAAGACUUUCUUUUCUUUUUCCCACUUCUGCUUCUACAUUGUAUUC